AUGUACCAAAGUAAGAUCCUUUCCCUCGACUCACUCCCCCUUCUCUCCUCCCCCUCUUCCACCCCUUUCUCCACCUCCCUCAUACACCACUCCUCCUCUUCCCCCUCCUCCCCCCCUCCUCCUCCUUCUCCACCACCCUUUCUCCUCCCCCUUCAUACACCCCUCUCCUACUCCCUCCUCCCCCUCCUUCCCACCUUCCUCCGCCUCCCCCUUAUCCACAACCCCUCCUCCCCCUCCUACACCCCUCUUCCCCCCCUUCUCCACCACCCCUUCUGCACCCCCUCAUACACCCUCCUCCUCCUCCCCCUUCUCCACCAUCCAUCCUCCCCUCCCCUUCUCCACAACCCAUCCUCCUCUCCCCUUCUCCACCACCCCUCCUCCCCUCCCCCUCCUUUCCACCCUCCUCCACCCCUUCCUCCACUUCCUCCACCCCCUCCCCUUUCUCCACCCUCCCUCCUCCCCUGCCCUCCUUCCUACCCUCCUCCACCCUCCCUCCUCCCCUCUCCCUUCUCCACCACCCCUCCUCCCCUCCCCCUCCUUUCCACCCUCCUCCACCCCUUCCUCCACUUCCUCCACCCCCUCCCCUUUCUCCACCCUCCCUCCUCCCCUUCCCUCCUUCCUACCCUCCUCCACCCUCCCUCCUCCCCCUCCCCUUUCUCCACCAUCCCUCCUCCCCUCCCCCUCCUUCCAACCCUCCUCCACCCCUUCCUCCAUCCCUCAUACACCACUCCUCCAUCCUUCUCCACCCUCCCUCCUCCCCCUCCCCUUUCUCCACCACCCCUCCUCCCCUCCCCCUCCUUCCCCCUCCCCUUUCUCCACCUCCCCUCCCCCUCCUUCCCACCCUCCUCCACUCUUUUCCACCCUGCCUCCUCCCCCUCCACUUUCUCCACCACCCCUCCUCCCCUACCCCUCCUUCCCACCCUUCUCCACCCUCCCUCCUCCCCCUCCCCUUUCUCCACCCCCUCAUACACCACUCCUCCAUCCUUCUCCACCCUCCCUCCUCCCCCUCCCCUUUCUCCACCACCCCUCCUCCCCCUCCCCUUUCUCCACCCCCUCAUACACCACUCCUCCAUCCUUCUCCACCCUCCCUCCUCCCCCUCCCCUUUCUCCACCACCCCUCCUCCCCUCCCCCUCCUCCACCCUUCUCCACCCUCCCUCCUCCCCCUCCACUUUCUCCACCACCCCUCUUCCCCCUCCCCCUCCUUCCCACCCUCCUCUUCCUUCCCCCUUCUCCACCAUCCCUCCUCCCCUUCCAUCCCCUCAUACACCCCCCUCCCCCCUCCCCCCUCCACCUCCAGCAUGUGA